AUUUAUGAUUGCUGUAUGUGUGCAAGUCUCGGAACGGACGGGCCUCCCAAUAUUAAGCCCGGACCCUACCUUGGAAUUCAAUGAAAAUCUCCACUCUUACAUCUCAAUGCAGCUAUUACUACACAGCAACAUCGUAAUUCGGAAGCAAAAUGAUCGAAUUUGAUCCCCGGAGAAUGCAGGAAGACAGCAGAAUGUCCAGCGAUCAAUGUGAAUUUAUGGACUAUAUGGAUGAGGAAUUGGCUGCAAUACUAGCAGAAGAUUUUCCGGGGAGCCUGUCCCCGGCAGGAAGCGACUCUUCGUCUUCAUCCACUUUGAUCACUGCUCCAGGAACCAUUAACUCCGCCGCCGCCAACUUGUGCACUGAACCACCGAAAGUCCUCGGCCUCGAACAGCCAGCCAAAGAGCGAAAGCCUAACAACUUCAGCAACUUUUCAUCGGUGAAAGAUAUUGAUGGAGCUUCUUCUGCUCCUGUCAUUCUCAAUUUCGGAAAUGCAAAUUCCCCAGAAAAUUGCCGACAGGCGCCGCUGGUGGUCCUGGAUCCUGAUAAAGAGGCAGUGGUAUCAGAAGUUUUCAUAAAUGAAGCUUCCAGGAUAGAAAAACGUGACGGCAAGGGAAAUAAACCACGGCGGCUAAGGCCGCCGUCGCAAACAUAUGAUCAUAUUAUGGCGGAGAGGAAGCGGCGGGAGAAACUGAGCCAACGGUUCCUUGCUUUAUCUUCCAUGGUUCCGGGACUCAAGAAGAUGGACAAGACUUCUGUCCUGGGGGAUACCAUCAAGUACUUAAAAUACCUUCAGGAGAGAGUGAAAACGUUGGAGGACCAAGCCGCAAAGCAGACUGUGGAUUCGGUUGUGUUUGUGAAGAGAUCACGCAUAAUGGAGGACGAGGGAUCUUCCUACGAGAAAAACCGGGAGUCUGACGAGCUAUCAUCACUGCCUGAAAUCGAAGCCCGAGUCUGCGACAGAAGCAUCCUCCUCAAAAUCCUUUGCGAGAAAAGUAAGGAUGUAUUGGUGAAAGUACUUGCAGAGGUCGAGAAGCUUAACUUGGCUGUGGUAAAUACAAGCGUCACGCCGUUCGGGAGCUUGGCUCUUGACAUCACCAUUAUUGCUCAGAUGGACAAAGAAAUGAGGGUGACGGCGAAAGACAUGGUGACAACUCUUCGUUCUGCUCUCCAGUCUGCUGCUAAUUAACUAGAAAAUAUUCAUGCCAUUGUAAAUUUUCAAUCAUCCGUAAUAUCAAUGUAAAAAGUUCUUUCAGUGGUGAUUCUACUUUUCUCUAGUUGCUCGACUAAAGAUUGAGGGUCAAGACCCACAAUUAAGAAUGACAAGGGAGUUGGUCUGGCCCAAGUCUACUGGCAGCCAUCCCUAAUAAAAAACCAGCCUAUGAAAAUCCUGUAAAUAGUACCGGACUUGAUUGUCUGAUUUUGUUUAUAUAAUAUGGUGCUCUGUUGGCCCAAUGCUUGGACCCCGUGAA